UCCUCUCUGCUGAUCUCCGGACAUUCCACCCAAAACCGCCCACCAAAGCUAGUUGCGAGAAAGAGAGAGACGGCGCACUCUUUCCCUUGCCAUCACACGCUAGUCCGCCACGCUUCUAGGCUUUAGUAGCAGCACGUGCAUGCGUACGGUUUCGCAUACGCUCGCUCUCAUCGGGAUGCAAUGAAUGCUGUUCAUUAGUUUGCAAGGGAGUGGGGAUGAGGAAAUGAAUGCGCUCGCAUGCCGAUAGGUUCUCCCACCAAAGGAAAAAUGAACGAACGAUGUUGGAUGUUCAUUGCCUCGUCGAACUCUCGCCGGUGGAUUUCCUGCUGUUUCCCGUUGAGAACAUGCUGCCAGCGAGAACGCCUGUCGGGCGCCUGCUGUGAUGUCGAGAGUAUAAACAUAGGGUUCAUCCUCUCACUUUCCUGCAUUCUCCCUCUCUCUACCAAGAACCGUGUUUUCGGUGUUUGCCACCGUUGACGGUAUGUUUCCUUCCACGAACGAUAAAAAUCAUAAACAUUGCCCGGGAGUGGGGAUGGCACAUGCAUUGCAUGCGUUCGGCAUACGUCAUUAAAUCAGUCGGACGUCGUUUGUACACAUGACAAGUCACGUGUAGGCCUCACGGUCGCAAAAACCGGAAAACACACAAAGAAAACAGUGCCUAACGGGAGAUCCUUAACCACCACUCGACUAAACUAACGGGUCAGCAGGACGAGGACUUGUGAAAAAUUUUCCAACACAGUUUUCGCAAAGUGAAAGCAGAAAAAUUUUUGCGUACUAGUAGUACUACUAAUUACGCAGUAAAUUGGCGGACGAUUUUAGUGGCAGUGCGAUUUAAUUCGAAAAAAAAAAUAAAAACCGAACGAACGCGUGAAAAGUUUUCUAACAGUGAAUUCAUACUGAGUGACGGGAGAAAAAAAACAAAAAAAAAACCUAAAAUGGAUCACCACCAUCAGAACACACCGCUGCACUGGGGUUACUCGACGGCCGGCAUACCGGUGGCCUCCUCGACGCCCAACCACAACCAGAACACGUGGACACCGCCGUCCUCCAAGGGCGCCAAACGGACUCUCUCGGAGUCACUCUCGGACGAUGAUGUUUACUCGGAGGAAUCCGGCAAAGAGCACACCUCACCUGGCGGUUCGGACAGCUGUCAACUGCUAAGUCGGAAGCGACGACGUGGAGUCAUCGAGAAGAAACGCCGGGACCGGAUCAAUUCCUCCCUCUCGGAACUGAAGCGGUUGGUACCGAGUGCGUACGAGAAGCAAGGAUCCGCCAAGCUGGAGAAGGCCGAGAUCCUGCAGCUCACCGUGGACCAUCUGAAGCAACUGCAUGCAAGAGGAUUGGACGACUCCAGCUACGAUCCGCAACGUUUCGCAAUGGAUUACCACAUCAUUGGGUUUCGGGAGUGCGUUGCCGAAGUAGCCCGCUAUCUAGUCUCGAUCGAAGGGAUGGACGUUCAGGAUCCGCUGCGUCUACGACUGAUGUCACACCUGCAGUGCUUUCUGACGCAACGUGAGCUAACCACCAAAGCAAAUGCCAGCCCCGGCUGGUCGCACAGUAAUUCCUACCAGCCAGCCUAUCCACCGUCAACCAGCUACUAUCAUCAGAACUAUGCACCACAGACUGCCACGGCGUCGGCGGCGUACAUUCCACAGGUUGGCACCAUCCCGACACACGACCAGUCGAAUCUGUCGCAUGCAUCGGCCCAUCAGGUGCCGCACACACUCCACUCAUCAGUGUAUGCAACAAGUGCCACGGUCAGCUCACAUGAUCUCUACACGAGCCAGCACGAUGCCAAUGCUCACCAGGCCCAGCAUUCCCAGCAGCAGCAGCAGCAACAACAGCAGCCACAGCAAACCCAGUCGACAGAUCCAAACGGACCAACGUACACCGAUAUCUCGAACCUGCACCCAAACAGAGGAAUUUCCGCUAGUGUUGGCUACGGAAACCCACAAUACCCGGUCAGCACUUCGACCCAUGGGUACAGUGCGACCUCCAAUAGCUACAACAAUAAUAAUUCUUCCAAACCUUACCGGCCUUGGGGUGCUGAAAUGGCUUGCUAGAAAAUAAAAAUUAUACAUGGAAAAAAAAUUUCCCAUACCGGGAAUCGAACCCGGGCCUUCUGGGUGAAAGCCAGAUAUCCUAGCCACUAGACCAUAUGGGACAGGAUAUCUGUUGGUGGGUUUUACUCGUACAGAUCACGAUCUCUGUAACAUACCAAAGUGAUAGAACUAACUUUCUAGAUUUCUGAAAUUUUACAAAGAAACCGUAAAUUAUCUCUUGAUGCAAUUGAGAGGUUAUAUAUGUAAACGAUAUGAUAGAACGACGAAACGCAUGGAUUUCAAGAAAUCAUUUUGAAACUUUACAUUAUCACAGAGGAUGCAACACAUCUGUCAAUACUUUGUUGUUUAUAGGACAAAAAAAAGGAUUUCAAUCGUUCCUGUACAGAAACCGAAAGUAGAUAGGGCUAUUUAUUGUUAGUGUAAAAUAGGGCAACGAACAAAGAUUUAUAUUUUUGAUACCAAAAGCGAAUUAUUCAUGCCUCCAAAGGUUGGAGAACCGAGAGCUUUAACUUUAAGGAUGAAACUAAUCGAGUCAAUUAGAUGAAUAAGUAUAAAAGCAUAAUUUAAAGCAAGCAAGGAUUUGUGUACUGCAGUAGUGUUAGUAGUAUUAGUAGUUCGUAGAGGAAGCAUAGUGGUGUUUUAUUUUGAAGAACAUCAAUGUUGUGAUUUUAAAGUUUUUUUAGAGUUUUCCAAUGGAAUGUGUAUAUAUUUUUUAAGGACUUUACUGAAA